GAGCCGGUCCAAUCGAAGGUCAACUUUAGACCUUCACCAUUUCCCCCUUCCGGUCUCUUCGAGACAAAUCGCGGCCCCGGCCUGCAGAGUGCUGGUGUCCUGCGCCAUCCAACGCAUGAUCGCAACCAUACUAGUCGUCAGAGCGAUCGCAUGAGCACAGGCCCCGUCGAUAUAGCUGAGGCGUAA